UCCGACAUGGAUCAUUCCGAACCUCGACAGCCUGAUGCCGAAAACCAUGACAGACUCUGAUAUUCUUCAAAAAUACCAGAUCCUUGCCAAACGCGAUUUCUUGACUGUUUACAUGCCAAAUAACGCCAUCCCGGAAUCAACAAUUUCAGCGCUCUGCAAUACUGCCUCAAACAAGGACUGUUUGGUGCUGGAUUCUGAUGCUGCUGAUUAUCAGUCUUGGUAUCAUGCUUCAGGUCUAGGUAGCAAGAUUGUAUCGCCAGAAAGCAUUGACCAUGUCAUUUCUGUGGAUCGCCCAACUGCAAGCCCACCUUCCUAUGACGAGCUGGCAUUAUCUCCGAGGACUUCGUUUCGGAAGCGACCGCGGUCCAAUCCCGAAGACGACAGACUGCCUACGGACAAACUUGAGACGCUUGUUGGUCGACUCAACAACCUGAUAUCGGAAGCAGAGAGGAAAGAUGCCCUACUUGCGCAAAGAAUUACGCAAGUAGAUCGGAGGCUGGACCAGCUGGCUGAAGCCGAAGCUACGUGCGUGGAUAGGCAGAUGGACGAGCUCAAGCAGUUUAUAGAGGAACGACUGGAAGAGGCGCAGGCAAGGAUAAAUUGUUAAUCACUGAAUACGGAAAUAUAAACAAGUAAUCUGUGC